AGAUUGGUGAGGUGUCGCAAAAACAACAAUAUUUUCUUUGUUACAUAUUGUAUAGAACUGGUUUGUUUUUAUUAAAUAACCUGGAAAGAGCCUGAUGGAGCUUGAAUUCAAUGUAUCACUAAUAACUCUGGAUGGAUUCAUAGAAAUAGAAAAGUACAGGUAUUUGUACUUUUUGAUUGUGUUUACUGUAUUUAUCCUAAUACUUCUCUGUAACUGUACUAUUAUUUUCAUUAUUGUUGUUCAGAAGAGCCUUCAUGAGCCCAUGUACAUUUUUAUUGCAGCUUUGCUAACAAACUCUGUUAUGUUUAGCAUGGCUGUCUACCCAAAGCUUCUGGUUGACAUUUUAUCGAAGAGGCAGAUCAUAACUUAUUAUGCAUGUUUUUUUCAGCAUGGUGUGUAUUACUCUUUGGGGGCGUCAGAAUUUCUGCUGUUGACAGCCAUGUCCUUUGACCGGUAUGUGUCUAUCUGUAAGCCUCUACAAUAUCAAUCUCUCAUGAGCAAAAGAAGGGUAACUGUUAUGUUGAUGCUGUCUUGGCUUUGGCCACUUUUUCAACUUACAGUGGCAAUUUCAGGAAAGGUUAUCAUUAAUCAAAGGCCCUGUAGCUUCAGUCUGGAAGGAAUUUUCUGUGACAGUGCUCUUCAAAAACUUCUAUGUAUAAAAUUAGAAGAACUUGCUGUUUUAGACAUGAUUAUACUUUUUAAUAUUACAGUCUUGCCUUCACUUUUCAUACUAUUUACAUACAUAAGGAUACUAAAAAUAUCAUAUCGAAGUUCUAAAGAAGUUAGAAGUAAAGCUGCACAGACCUGUUUACCUCAUAUGUUAGUUUUAGUAAACUUCUCUUGCCUGGGUUCUUUUGAAAUCAUUAUAGGUUUUUUUUGGUCUGAAUAUCCAAAAACUUUGCACUUAACAGUGAUAUUGCAGAUUAUAAUAUAUCAGCCCUUAUUCAACCCAAUCAUAUAUGGACUGAAAAUGAAAGAAAUUUCCAAACAUGUCAAAAUGCUCAUCAGGGGCAGGUGA